CAGCUCCGCGCCGAAAGGCCGAGAAGGGGGAGCGGGGCCGAGCGCCGAGGUGUCCGUGGGCUGCUCCCACACCCCGCGCUGGGAGCGAGGGGCCGAGCCUGCAGCUGCCGGAGCUGCCCCGCCCCCGCGCUCCUUUAAAACCCCACCCGGCGCCAGGCCCCGCGGCCGCGGAGAGAGGAGGCGUGAAACGAUCGAGAGGCAACAGUCAAGAUCAGACAGGGAAAGAGUGCAAAAACAAUUCUGUGAAAAAAGUCUGGUGACUGUGAGAAACGAUUGCGUCACUUGCCUUUUGCUGUGUUUUGCAAUCAAACAGCUUUGUAUUGCCUGCCACCUUCGGUUGAGUCCACGUGAAUUAAGAGUGCGGAAGGAUCGCAGUAGACUGAACCUGUGCAGCUGUGUUCUCCGGGAAAGGCGGAAGAUAAUUUGAGCCAUGGCAAGCCAGGCGUUUUCCCCAGAGGCUGCUUUCCCUCAUGGGAGGCGGAGGGAGAAAUGGGACCCCAGGCUUCUUUCAAGGGCAAGGACUUAAUGGCGAAAAAAAGAGAAUGUCUCCAGGCCUACAGCUGGUGGAGAACACCACAGAAGAAACGGAAGAAAAAGAACAAAAUAAAACCAGGAAGAAUAGAGUUUGUUCCUAGUAGCACAAAUAUUUCAGUCAGACCGGAUUAUUCAAUAUUUGUUGGGGAGCUUACUCCAGAAGUGGAUGAUUUCCAGCUCUUUGACUAUUUCCUAAAGAGAUACCCCUCAUGUAUUGACUGCAAAAUAGCAACAGAUCUACUGGGAUAUUCCAGAGGGUAUGCCUUUGUCAGAUUUGGUGAGCAAGGUGAUCAGAUGAGGGCACUGCAAGACUGCCAGAAUGCACCAGGCCUCGGGGGAAAACGAAUCCGGCUGAGCAUAGGAAUUUCUAAAAGACUGAAAGCAGAAUUCCAGCGGUACCAGUCCUACAAUUAUAAUGAUUAUUACCAAGAUUAUCAGAACUACUAUUCCUCCUCCUCAUCUUCCUCCUCCUCACAGUGGAAUUACGAUCCUUAUGCUGACUACAACUACAGCUCCUAUGCUCACUAUGAUAGCAUGCAAGCUGUUGGAGACUGCUCUUUAGGAGAUGCUGUUAUGGCUCCAGCUGUUUUUGAGGAAACUGCAGCAAUGACUGAAAUCAGCGAUGACCUACUAACUGAAGAUCCACAGCUUUACUUUGAUGUUGAUGAAAUGAACAGACAAUUUAUGGAGACAAGUGAAGAACUCUAUGAUUCCCUCAUGAAUUGUCACUGGCAGCCUCUGGAUACGGUCACUUCUGAUAUCCCCUCUGCUAUUUAAGUGUCUUAUAUAGCAUGACCGUAAUGACCAAGGGAUGCUCUUGGACCAACAGCUUCUUUCUAGUGCUACCUCAAAGUAACUUGAGAUAUAACUCACAGGGAAGAUUGAUCAAAUGGUGAUGACCCCUAUCAUUCUGCUGGAGAGAAAUAUAUUUGCCUUUUGUUUUGUCUCAUUUUUAGUAACAUCCAUUUAACUUGAGUGACUCAUGUCAGUAGACAUUGUUUGACUACAUCAAGAAGUAUUUGAGUCAUGAGUGUCAUUAAAGGCAUGUCACCAUGUGAAUUGUUCUCAAUAAUUAAAAUGGAAGUAAAACAAAUAAAGCAGAAGUUGAAUUUACAGAGCAAACAUA